UGCCACCUGUCAGAGUCCAGCAGUGCCAGCUGAACAGUGCCACGUGCCAGUGUCCAUCAGUGCCACAAUGCCACAUAUCACUGCCCUUCAGUGUCACCCAUCAGUGCCAGUCAGUGCCACCUAUCAAUGCCAAUCAGUGCCACCUAUCAGUGCUGCCAAUUAGUGCCACCUAUCAGUGCCAGUCAGUGCCACUUAUCAGUGCCAGUCAGUGAUGCCUAUCAGUGCGCAUCACUGCCGCCUAUCAGUGCACAUCAGUGCCGCAUAUCAGUGCCGCCUAUCAGUGCCAGUCAGUGCCACCUAACAGUGCCAGUCAGUGCCGCCUAACAAUGCCAUAUAUCAGUGCUGCCUUUCAGUGCCCAUCAGU